CAUGUCGUCAGGAAUCCACCCCCCAAAAAAUCCCGGGCAGUAUGCAACUCCGGAUAGUUUGUUUUGCUGUAUUAUUGGUUAGAUCACGCUGUAUACUGUAGUUAUAAAAACUGUUGAAUAGGAAGGGGAAUCGGUAGGAGUGAGAAAUCAGGUUUAAAUUUAAGUGCAGUCCAUUUCAUCCUGUUACGUUGAUCUUCGUUUUGACGCUUAAAAUAAUCUCGUAACGCGAAGCAAACUCGGAACAAGUUUUUACGGUUUCUGCUGAGACUAAGUCACUGUAUAACCCAGCAGUCGGUGGGGCGCUUCGUUCAGUAACAUGGUCUUGGAGGUGCUUCAGAAGAUCGAUCAGGAGCUCGGCACGGAAGACAUCGCCGCACUCAAAUUCCUAUGCAGGGACCACAUUCCCUUAAGGAAACUAGAGGGUGUGAAGGAGGGACUCGACCUAUUCCUGAUACUACAAGACGUAGCGAUGCUGGAAGACAACGGUCUCUUUCUAAAGGAGCUGCUGGAUACAAUCGGACGCAAUGAUCUGGGGCAAAAACUGGAAAAGAGCUGCAGCCGAGUAGCGCCUCAGCCUGGGAAUCAAACGCAAGUUGCCAAUAUCUCUCCUUAUCGGAAGAUGCUUUAUGUACUGUCUGAAAAUGUGACCGAGGACUGUCUGAAAAGCAUGAAGUACCUGGUGAGAAUGCCUCGUGGCCAAAAGCAGCGGUGCAAGACCUUUCUGGAGCUGCUGGUGGAAAUGGAGAAAAUGAGCCUCUUGGCUGAGAAUAAUCUAACAGAGCUAGAGAGAGUUUGCUCACUAUGCAGCAAGCAGUUGUCUCAAAAACUGGAAGAUUAUAUUGCAGGUGAAAAUAGACAGGAAGUGUCUCUGGGUGUAGGGCCACUGAACUCCAUUAAUGAGAAUGAAGUUUAUGACAUGAGUCAUCGGCCACGUGGAUACUGUCUCAUCAUAAACAACCACAACUUUGAGGAGGCCAGGAAGAACAGCGUUCCUCUGAAAGAUCGUCGAGGGACAGAGCAUGAUGAAAGCAGCCUGAGUGAGAUCUUCAACAAACUGCACUUUAAAGUCGAAGUACGAAGAGACCAGGCCCAGGCUGCAAUUGUGGAGCAAGUGAAGGAGUUUGGGCAGCUGGACCACAGAGAGAUGGACGCCUUCGUUUGCUGCCUGCUGUCCCACGGCGAGCUGGGCGCGGUGUACGGCACGGACGGCCAACUGGUCACCAUCCGCAGUAUUACACGGCCCUUCACUGGCAUCCAGUGUCCAUCACUGGCCAGGAAACCCAAGCUAUUCUUCAUUCAGGCGUGCCAGGGCAAGAAGAAGCAGCGGGCCGUCAGUAUCCAGUCCGAUGGGAUGGAGGACCACUGCGAAGCGGACGACGGCUGCAUCAUCCCAGACGCCAUUCCUGACACCAUCCCCGAUGAGUCAGACCUCCUCCUGAGCAUGGCCACGGUGGAAGAAUUCAUAUCCUUCCGCAGUAUUUCCCAAGGCUCUAUCUUCAUUCAGGAGCUUUGCCGUCAGCUUAGGACAGGCUGUGACAGGAAUGAAGACAUCCUGACCAUCCUGACCCGGGUGAAUCGUGCUGUGAGCUGUGGAGAAUAUCAACAGGCUAAGCAGAUGCCGGAGCCCAGGUACACGCUGACGAAGAAGCUGAUCCUUCCAUUCAACUGAGACACUGCUUGCCUUGUGUGUCUUCAGCAGCACCGGUUCCCUCAUCAUCCUCCCUGGAGACCCUAGUAUAAAGCUCUAAGGCAAGGAAAUGUGUGGGUCGUAUAGAUCAGAAUUAGGAUUAGGCGGCUUCAGCCGUAAAACAAUGAUCACUUGAGUGAAACAACGCUUGGGAAUGCUAAGUAAGGUGGAUAUAUGGUGUCAGGAGAAAGGCUUUGAAAUCCGUGGUGGGUGGGGCUUGCUGUACCCCGUAUAUCGCUUCCUGAUGUAACCCAAAAGGAGCCAGUUCAAUUACCGGUGGAAAGAGGGUUAAUUCAGGUGUUAAUUGGCAGCACACGAUAUUCCCUUUGCAUUAUGGGGAUUUGAAGCUUCAUGUCUCUGAUUACCAUUUCCCGAAACAAUAGUGUCUGUAUCAUGCAUGGGCAAGCCUGCUUCUUCAAAGUAAACAACCUUAUAAACAAUGUGCUUAUUCUGGUUAGACAUGAUUAGACAAGCUUCAGCUUGACUUGGCUUCUGGGUGAAACCAUUUACUUUUCAAAUCUGCUGUUGUAUAAAUUUAUAUGUAUGUGCCAUUUUUAUGUAACGCUUGGUCAGUAGAUUAAUUUCAUUUAUAGCUUUAUAAAUAAUAUUCAUACUUUAACAUUCAUAAAAGAGUAGCUCUGAGGUUUUCCCUGAUUUAAGGUAAUGUGUAAUGGAAUUGGUGAAGAUUUUACAAGGACUUCAAAUGCCUAAGAACCACACUCAAGAAGAAGCCUUUAAUGAGCAAAUAUUUAUUUUAUAAAAAUGAAACUUUACAUAAGUGUGCUCGUUAUUACUAACAAAAGACAACAAUAAAAUCCCUGAACCUGAACCAUGCUAACUUUAUAAAAAGCACUUUAUAAACCAGCUAAGUAUUUUGUACUGUGAAAAAAAAGCAAUAAAGGUGGCAGAAAUGUA